AUGCUUUUACAGGUUAUCAUGAAGGGAUCGCUACUGUUAAUCGCUUGCCUGUUGGCUCUGACACUGAUGACUGUUGAAGGAAAAUCUGUCUUGAAACAGAAAGAGGAACCAAACGACAAGCUAACAGAAACGGAAGGAGAUAGCGAAGACAAGGAAGUGGAAGAUUCUUCUGCGUCCGGAAGUGGAUCGGGUAAAUACUUAGAUCAGGGGAAUUUAUUUCACUCCUCGUCGCAUAUGUGCUUGUCGAUUGUAUUUGCAAAUAUUAAACCAGCUCGUCAGCCAGCGUUGACUCAGCAGAAAGGUGGUUAAGACUCGAAACAAACGCAAAGGAAGUUAAGGCGAUAAUUUUUAAGGGUGACCAAGUUGUUAUCCAUUGCAAUCAAAGUCGUUCAUGUAGAACCAAACACAUGCUUCAAACAACUUAUACGUCUGGAAGAAAAUAAAAAAAAUAAGAACAAAAAAAAUCAGCCCCAGAAUGAUAGCAUCAUCAAGAAAAUUUAAACGUCCAGAAUUUAUUUUUAAAAAUUCGAUUUCCGGCUGGAUUUUUAUCGAAUCAGUGAACGAUGAAUCAUUAAAUGAGAUCAAAUUUACGUCAUGCUGGUAGUGAAAUCAAAGAGAUUACUGGUGUGGGAAUUGUUAAAAAGUUGCUUAACCCACGGGGAAUACAAUGUCAGCUACCAACAGCUUUUGAAAAAGUGCUAUACCAACAAAAAAACUAAACCUCGUAUCGCAUUUCAACUUUUUAAAUGAUCGGUAUGCGCGGUAGAAGAUCUUCCUUGUAGACCACGUUUCAGCCAUUGUUGAAUAAGACCCGCUGAGUAGGUCUUUGGCAUUUUUGGUUGUAUGUGGCGAUUGCAUUGUAUUUGUGUCUUUGUCUUUUGUUUUCUGCCUUCGAGUAUUAAUGCUAAGUGAGAUAUAAAACCUGUAAACCUUUUAACGAUAUCCUGGAAAGAAAACACGGCGCUAUACUUUAUGAAAAUAACUUAUACAAAAUUUUUAGUGGAUGUUAUGAUACAUUUUGUCUGACCCACGAUAAGUAAAGGAAAUUGAUAUUGUGUCAAAUUAAUAGUUAUCAUAUUUAAUUUCAAAUAACUGAAACAGAUCCUAUUUGUAAAUUACGUGUGAUAAAGUCUAUCCGCAUUAGAUCACUGUUUAUUUAUGGAAUGUUAAUUUUUUUACUUAGCUACGUGUGGAAUACUCAAAGAAGUAAGAGCGUAAAUUCACCCCAACCCCUGCCAAAAAGAAAUUAAAGAGCAUGUACCCCCACCCCCAGCAGUCGAUCAGUCAUCAAUUAAAUAGGUAGACUCAGAAGGUGAAGUGAUAUUUUUGCAAUUGGAUUAAAGUUAGAAAGUACAAAACAGAUUGAGGGUUUGAAAAUAUUGAUGCGUCGACUUGAUGAAGUGUGAUACUAACAACGAUAACUGAGCUGUGGAACCAGAUAAUCCCACUCAUCGAAAACAAAACUUUGCCCGGCAUGGAGUCAGGCAGAUGGAGGAUCGGAGGAACGCGUCUAUACAAGAGGAUGGAAGCCUUGUAAACGCUAAGCACUGAAAAAAAAGUUCUAAGCGGCUAACUAUGACUCACAACGUUCGCUUACACAACUAUGAAAUUAUCUAUUCAGUUUGGGCAUGACUCUUGUGCAAAACAUUGCAUCGAUGUUUUUUUUUACCAUUUUGAAAAGGAAAAACAUGCUUCAGAUACCAGAAAACCAUACAAGUGUUAUUUCGAUCAUUAAAUUAAAAGGUGUACAUACAUAUUUAUUAUUACUUUUCCCGUUUUGAAAAUCGGAAGAUAAACCCAACCUUUCGAAAAUUGUCUUCAAAUGCGCUGAAAAUUCGACCUUGAGAGCCGCCGAAUUUUUUUAGAAAAUUUCAAGACAGUUUUCGACAAGUAAAGUUACCCUUUGGAGAGUACUGCGAUUUUCAUAAAUUUGAAUAUACUUUUUAAUGGCAGAGAUACUUGAAAAUUGACAUAGUUUCUGGAGCAUUGAUCAGUCUAAAUUAACUUUAAUAUUUAUUUCAACAGGAAAAGGAAAGGACUGUUACGGCCAAGGAUGUGGAGGAUACCCUUACCCACAGCAGCCACAAUAUCCAUAUCCUCAGCAGCCAUACCCUCAGCAGCCUUACCCCCCUCAGCAGCCCUACCCCCCUCAGCAGCCCUACCCAUACCCCGCACCAUAUCCAUCAAGCUCACCUUGUGGAACUCCCGGAUGCAUGAAAUUUAAGAAGGGCAAGAAAGAGAGCUCGAAAGGAAAGAAAAUCAGCGACGAAAAGAAGCACAAAAAGCAUCAUUAA